UUGCCCCAUUUCUUCCGUCUAUUGUGUAUCGAGCGAGCGAGAGCCUAAAAAAAAAAAGCAAACCAAACCAGAGCAAAUGAACUCGACGGUUAACCUUUAACCAUCCUCAGAUGCCUCAAAAAAGGCGUCUUUAUAAGCUAUACCCAGAUGUGGUUUCCGUUUCUUGACUGGCACUGUCGCCGGAAUCUGACCCACGAUUGAAAUUGCCCGAAAUGGCUCAAACGGUGGCCGCCGGAGACCAAAGGGAAGUGGAAGUUUGCGGCGGCCGGACGGUGGUGGUUGGGGUGAAGUUGCACUCUACGAGCAGAGGACUGCUGACUUGGGCCAUGGUGAAGGCGGCGAAGCCUGGCGACCGUGUGGUUGCUCUACAUGUUCUGAGUGACAAAGAAAUCAGCGAUCGAGAUGGGAAGUCUUCUCUUCUCUCGCUUGUCAAAGCAUUUGAUUCUGUUCUUGCUGUGUACGAAGGUUUCUGCAACUUGAAACAGGUGGAUCUCAAGCUUAAGAUCUGUAAAGGUUCAUCUAUCAAAAAGGUUCUGGUUCGGGAGGCAAAUUCUUACUUUGCCACUGAAGUUAUUGUGGGAACUUCUCAAAAUCACCAUACUAUCCGUUCAUCCACCUCUGUAGCUAAGUAUUGCGCAAAAAGAUUGCAAAAGGAUUGCUCAAUUAUAGCGGUUGAUAAUGGGAAGGUUGUGUUUCGGAGAGAAGCUUCUCUAGUUACCAAUUGUUGUGCUAAAGGAACAAAUGACAACAGGCGACAUCAUUUUCUAAGCAUAAUUCGGAGGUCAUUAACAAGGAGAUCCAAAGUGCUAUAUGGAGGAAAUGUGGAUCUUAAUCCACCAGCUUCAUGUUCUUUGGACCCUUGUGCCAAUUCGGAGCUGGCACCAAUUGAUCAGGAUACUUGUGGGACUUUGGAGUUAGCCUCGGUAAAAAUAGGCUCUGACCAUGCAGAGAGUGCCAUGAAACAGAAGUGUUCUAUUUGUACUCCAGGUUGUGUUUUGCUGGAAAGUUCUUGUGUUCAAUCAACAGAGCAGAUUUCUGGUGAUGGUGAUGAAGGAAACUCAACGGCUCUAGUGGCUUUGCAGAAGCCAGAGGCUGCAUCAAAUUCGAUCUCUCUGUUGACAAGAGAAAUGCCUGAACUAAGACAUGGUUGGCCACUGCAUAACCAAAUUACUUUAUCAGAUGGACUACCUUCUGAUGGGCCUUCUCAUGAGACUUCUGUGGUUCAAUGGGCAAUGCAGUUGCCCAGCAGACUCUGCAAUCCAAAGGAAGACGAAGCUUGUGAGCUAGAUGGGGAAAGUGGGGCAAUUGUUCAUGUUGGUGCUGAGGCCUUUUCUAUUCCAUCUUCUCCCAGAAGUUUGAGAAGCUUACCAGAAGAAUUAGAGGGACUUAACGAGAAGUACUCUGCAACUUGCAGAUUGUUUAACUAUGAGGAGCUUCUGCAAGCAACAUCUGAUUUCAUGCCAGAGAACUUGAUCGGAAAAGGAGGCAGCAGUGAAGUUUAUAGAGGUCUCCUUCCUGAUGGCAAGGAACUUGCCGUGAAAAUCUUAAAGCUGUCUGAAGAUGUUUUAAAAGAGUUUGUACUGGAAAUUGAGAUUAUCACUGCAUUGCACCACAAGAACAUUAUCUCUCUUUUUGGGUUCUGUUUUGAGGAUGACAAUCUUCUCUUGGUUUAUGAUUUCCUAUCAAGAGGAAGCUUGGAAGAGAAUCUUCAUGGUAACAAGGACAGUCACACGUUUGGAUGGAGCGAGAGAUAUAAGGUGGCUCUUGGUAUUGCAGCGGCACUGGAAUAUCUACACAACAGAAGUGCUAAAGCUGUGAUUCACAGAGAUGUGAAAUCAUCAAAUAUACUACUUUCGGAUGACUUUGAGCCACAGCUGUCUGAUUUUGGACUAGCUAAGUGGGCAUCGGCAUCCUCGUCACAUAUAACAUGCACGGAUGUUGCAGGGACCUUUGGUUACUUGGCUCCUGAAUAUUUCAUGUAUGGGAAAGUUAAUGACAAGAUUGAUGUAUAUGCAUAUGGCGUUGUACUCCUUGAGCUCCUUUCUGGAAGAAAGCCAAUAAGUAAUGACCUUCCAAAGGGUCAAGAGAGCCUGGUUAUGUGGGCAAGACCAAUUCUAAAUGGUCAAAAGGUUUCUCAGUUACUAGACCCAAGUCUGGCCAACAACUAUGAUCUCCACCAGAUGGAGAGGAUGGUUUUAGCUGCUACUCUCUGCACCAGACGAGCUCCAAGAGCUCGACCCAAAAUGAGCAUUGUCUCAAAGCUCCUCCAGGGCGAUCAGGAAGUAACCAAGUGGGCGAGGCUACAAGUUAAUGCUUCCGAAGGGACUGACAUACUGGAGGCCGAGGCUUUCCCGCGUUCGAAUCUCCAGUCGCAUCUUAGCCUCGCACUGCUCGACGUGGUGGAAGAGUCUCUCUCCAUGAGCAGCAUCGAGCAAAGCGUCUCGUUAGAGGACUACUUGCGAGGCAGGUGGAGCCGCUCAUCGAGCUUGGACUAACUGCAGGUUAACAUGUUUGCUGGCAAAACUGUGCUGCUGUUUGUGUGAUUCUUUUGUACAGUCUUUUCUUUUUUUUCCUUGGCCCCCCCUCUUUUCCGGUUGGCUUCAUCCGCCUUCCAGGUUGCUUUAUUCCCUCGCCUGAGUGUUG